GAUGAAGAUUGUGUGAACAUGCUCGGUGAAUUACGUCUUUACAAGUGCUGUUUACAUCGCUUGAAAUGGUUUUCCUGUCAUAUAUCCUCAGAAAAGAGCUUUCCAAGAGUGUAGUUAAGCGACAAGGAACUGGGAGAGCGUGGACAUUUUUUGACACUCUAGAUCUGCUGGUGAGGGGCGGAGCUGGGGGACAAGGGUUGCCUAAGAUAGGAGGUGUGGGUGGCAAUGGAGGCAGCGUCUAUGUGGUGGCUAAGAAGAAUAUCACUCUCAGGGAUGUAAAGAGGAAAAAUCCAACUAAGAAAUACACCGCAGGACUUGGCAGUAACAGCUGGAAGCGUGGUCCAUUGGGUCCUCCUGGUAAAGACAUAGAAAUCCCAGUCCCUGUAGGAGUGGAGGUGAAGGACCAAUAUGGCAGAGUUUUAGGUAGUCUGGAUAUAGAAGGAGAUAAGGUAUUAGUAGCACAGGGGGGAGAGGGAGGAAACCCAGCUAAUAACUUCCAAGGAUUUAAGGGACAGAAAAGGUUCAUCAACCUCGACUUGAAACUGCUGGCUGAUGUUGGAUUAGUUGGGUUUCCCAAUGCAGGGAAGUCCACACUAUUGUCUGCCGUCUCCAGGGCCGGACCAAAAAUUGCAAGUUAUCCAUUCACCACUGUGAAACCACAGCUUGCUAAAAUGGAAUAUGAAGACUUCAGACAAAUCUCAAUUGCUGAUUUGCCUGGCCUAAUUGAAGGAGCACAUCUAAAUAGAGGAAUGGGGCACACCUUUCUGAAACACAUUGAGAGAACCAAGAUGUUAUUGUUUAUGGUGGAUGUUGGAGGGUUUCAACUUUCACCAAAAUACCCAUAUAGGAGUGCAUUGGAAACUAUAUUGCUACUGAACAGGGAGCUGGAGUUAUACAAGGAAGAACUGUUGGAGAAGCCAUGUGUUUUAGCUUUGAACAAAAUUGACAAGAAAAAUGCCAACUUCCUGGCGACGGACGUUAAAGAGCAGUUACAGGACAUGGAAGAUUCUGUUAGAAACUUGAACUUGGACAAAGACCUUCUUCCACAGCGUUUUAUAAGGUUUGAUGAGGUGUUUACCAUCUCAGCUAAACUGGACAUUGGUGUGGAGGAGUUGAAACACAAACUAAGAGACCUUCUGGACACUUAUGCUGACCAGAGGACAGAGUAUCAGAGACAAAGAUUUGACCAUCAGAGAGAACUGGACAGUAAAACUAGUGUAGAACAGGCUGGUUUUAUUGUCUGACAUUUGUUACAA